AUGUUUACACUAGCUAAAUUAGCGUAUUAUUCGUGCAACGAAAGUGAGAAGCACUGGUAUAACACCGUCCCCAGGAAUAUUAUCAAAAUCAAUAUUAAAAGUUGUUGUGACGAUCUUAUUCAAAUAACCAAGGGGACAAAACAUAUCAAUAGAUUAAAUACUUUAGUAUGUGCCAGUGCCGCAAAAAAUGGACAUUUGGACUGUUUGAAAUUUGCCCGUCUGAUGAAUUUUUCUUGGGACACUAGGACAUGUUCUACUGCGGCCAGAAAUGGGCAUUUGGAUUGUUUAAUAUAUUCUCAUGAAAAUGGUUGCCCGUGGAACAAACACACAUGUUCCAAUGCUGCCCAUAAUGGUCAUAUAAAUUGUUUGAAAUACGCACAUGAAAACAAUUGUCCAUGGAACUUAAGUACAACAGACUGUGCUGCAAAAGGUGGAAAUUUAGAGUGUUUAAUAUAUGCUCACAAACAUGGAUGUCCAUGGGACGAAAGAUCAUGUAUGCUGGCAGCUUCUAAUGGUCAUUUGGAAUGCUUAAAGUAUUGUUUUGAAAACGGAUGUUUGUGGGACGAGGACACUUGUACAUGGUCAGCUUAUAAUGGACAUUUAAAUUGUUUGAAAUAUGCACAUGAGAAUGGUUGCGCAUGGGACACUAAUGCUUGUGCUAAGGCUGCAUCGGGUGGACAAUUAAAGUGUUUGAAAUAUGCUUUUGAAAAUGGUUGCGUAUGGGAUAUAAGUACAAGCUACAAAGCUGCAGAGAGAGGACAUUUGGGUUGUUUGAAGUAUGCACAUAAAAAUGGUUGUCCGUGGAAUGAACAUAUCACCUAUAUUGCUGCAGCCAAAGGAAACCUAAGCUGCUUACAAUACGCUCAUAAAAACGGAUGUCGCUGGAAUGAAUCAACGUGUGCAGCAUCUGUCAAAAAUAAAAACUACGACUGUUUAAAAUAUGCUCGUCAAAACGGUUGCCCUUGGGAUAAGGCGACACAUGAACAUGUUCUCAAUGAUAAACACAUAAAAAAAAAAACAAAACAUUUGCUUAUAGCUGAUAGAGAAAAUAUGUGA